AUGAUCCACAACAGAAAAACGCAGACGGUUGUGAUCACAGGCGCGUCAUCCAACCUUGGCAUUGCUAUUGGUAAGCGUCUGAUCGACGAGAAAAAAGAAGACGCCCAUCUCACUAUUGUGGUCACUUCGCGAACCCUUCGAAACGUCCGUGUCGCCAUCAAGACCCUCAAGGCACAUGCCGUAGCCAAGGAGGUCGGUCCCGAGGUCGACUUUGACUACCUUCUGUUUGAUCUGGCAGACAUGACGUCUAUCAACGGCGCUCUGGUGGAGCUCAAGCUGCGGUUCUCUCGAAUCGACACUCUCAUCUUCAACUCCAACGCAGCCAACUACAUUGGAAUCAACUGGCCUCUGGCCAUGUGGCGAUUCACCACGCAAUUCAAGAGCGAAAUCGAGAAUCCCAGUUGCAUGAUCCAGGCUGUGGGAGUCAAGUCCGACGACGGUAUGGGCUCUGCGUACCAAUCCAACGUGUUUGGACCAUGGUACAUGGUGCUGGAGCUCACCGAGCAGCUCAAGAACGGCGGAAAGGUCAUCUGGAUCAGUUCCAUCACGUCUUCUGAAAAGUACGUGGAUCUGGAAGACAUUGAGCUGAUUCACAACAAGGAGCCAUACAAGGGCUCGAAGCGUCUUAUUGACGUGGCCCACAACUACUACUCGCCGAAACUGGAAGAGGAGCAUGGUAUCUACUCGUACCUGACCGACCCCGGUAUCUUCACCUCCUCCUCGGCCUCCGAGUACCUCAACAUCUUCUCUGCCUUCGGCAUGUAUCUCAUGUUCUACUUUGCCCGGCUCAUUGGACUGACCACCAUGAACAUUGACCCUUAUAAGGGAGCCAACGUGCCUGUGUGGGUGACCUUGAGCGAGGACCCUUCAGCUCUUAAGCGAGAGUAUCGUUUGGGCUCGAGAACAGGAAGAUGGGGUACGGAGAUGAUGGACGCUACAAAGCUGCAAUAUGAGGGAAGCGAAGAAGUCGGAGCAUACAUUGAUAAGGGUGUGGGAGAGUGGAGAGAGAAGUUGAAGGAUCAGAUUAACUAA